ACGCGAUUGCUGCCUGCUGACAUUCGUGUAGUUGAUCUGUCGCCUAAUGGUGUGUAGUGCUGUUGUUAAAUUGAAACGCUAACUAUUUAAGAAUAAAGUAAGAAAGAAGUAAACCCGUAUUGCAAAUUUAGGUAUUCAAGCGUAUAUUUCACUUCUCGAAUAAUUUGCAAGCAUAAACUUGUGAUUUAUGUAGAAAUAUUUGCUUACAAUUCUGUUAUCAAGUUACCCAAAACGUGUUCGCAACAAAGAAAUUUUGGAAGAAGAAGCAGAUGGAAAAGCAUUAAUCGACAGACGGUCGUCAAAGCGGUGAAAAUAAAAGACAAAGCAAAUCAAUACAACGUUUACGAAAGAGUCAGGCAUCGAAAUUUACAAAGUGGCGUUUGUUUUACAAAAUUAUCAAGAUUUUUAUUAAGAAGAAAACUUCAGUUCCGUUUUUAUUUAAAGACACUGCGCUACAUAUAAGUAAAAAGUAAUUAUUUCGACAAGAACUAAGUACGAGUAUAUGUUCAAGCUUCAUUGAGCACCCAUCUACCUAUCCUUGUAUCUGCAGCAGAAAGUUGAUGUUUCAUAUUAUUGCAAAGCAUACAGAAGUAAACGCUGUGAGCAAAAAAGUCAAUUACUAUUUGUUAAGAGUGCACGGUUUAGAAAAUUCGAAAGGAAACGAGAUUUAUUGGCAUUUACAGAGAAAAAAUGUCCACCAAUAUUAAUAACAUUGUUACUGAACGAGUUGAACGCAAUAAUUCCUCCUCAUCCCUAUGUGCAUUGAGUAGUGGCGGACAUAGUAAAAACAACAGUGGGGUAUUUACAAUUGCAAAUAAUGGCGGUACGAUCGGAGGCGGCAAUGGAGGCCUUAAUGCCAAUGGCACUAGCAGUUUUAAUGGUGUCGUUAUUAGCGAAGUUGUCGACGAAACAAAUCUCAAGUUUAGUUGCAAAUAUAAGACAAGUUGUACUUUGCUGUGCAUUUACGACCCACAAGGUGUUGUUUUAAAAAUUACACCAGAUAACGACACUUCGAGUGUUCUUAAGGAGUACUUGCUUGCAUAUGAUACCGAAUCAUCACAAAUAGGGCGGCAAACGUAUGCUCUUUCUCUAGAUAAUGAUAAUUUGCUUCUGAGAUUUUCAUCCGCAUAUGAACAGCAACGGUUUCGAAAGUUAGUCGAUAGUGUAAAACAUCUCCGACCAAAAUCAGUAUUUUCACAACGAACUGAAGAGUCUUCCGCUUCACAGUAUUUCCAAUUUUAUGGAUAUUUGUCGCAGCAACAGAAUAUGAUGCAAGAUUAUGUUCGCACCAGCACAUAUCAACGUGCCAUUCUAGGAAAUUCUAUUGAUUUUCACAAUAAAAUAGUUUUGGAUGUGGGCGCUGGCUCAGGGAUUUUAUCAUUUUUUGCUGUUCAGGCAGGCGCUGCUAAAGUAUAUGCCAUUGAAGCCUCUAAUAUGGCACAGUAUGCACAGCAAUUAGUUGAUUCUAAUAACGUGCAGGAUAAAAUAUUUGUGAUGCCUGGUAAAAUUGAAGAAAUUGAAAUACCUGAAAUGGUAGACGUAAUUAUAUCAGAACCUAUGGGAUACAUGCUCUACAAUGAGCGUAUGCUAGAAACAUAUUUGCACGCUAGAAAAUGGUUGAAACCGAACGGAAAAAUGUUUCCGACACAUGGAGAUUUGCAUAUUGCACCAUUUUCAGAUGAAUCUCUUUACUCCGAGCAGUAUAAUAAAGCAAACUUUUGGUAUCAGUCCGCUUUCCAUGGCGUCGAUUUGACUACGCUGCAUAAAGAAGGUAUGAAGGAGUAUUUCCGGCAGCCGAUUGUCGAUACGUUCGACAUACGUAUUUGUAUGGCAAAAUCCGUGCGGCAUGUUUGUGAUUUUCUGCGAGAUAACGAAAACGAUUUACAUAACAUUGAUAUACCUCUCCAGUUCCAUAUAUUACAAACCGGCAUUUGUCAUGGACUUGCUUUUUGGUUUGAUGUUGAGUUCUGCGGUUCCAGCCAGCAAGUAUGGCUUUCCACAUCGCCCACAGCACCACUAACCCAUUGGUACCAAGUGCGCUGUCUUUUACCAAUGCCGAUAUUCAUUAAGCAAGGCCAACUUUUAACUGGUCGUGUGCUUCUUGAAGCCAAUCGCCGUCAGUCCUAUGAUGUCACGAUUGAUUUGCAUAUUGACGGAACGCUAAUAUCCUCCAGCAACACAUUGGACUUGAAAAAUCCUUACUUUAGAUACACAGGUGCACCGGUGCAGGCACCACCUGGCACAAGCACACAGAGCCCUUCAGAACAAUACUGGUCACAACUUGAUGCACCGCAGGGUACCCGUACUGUAAGUAAUUUAGCAAAUGGCAUAACUGUUAAUGGUCUUGCGGAAACUUCUAUGGACAUAACUCAUACGCUUAUGAACCCUCACAAUUAAAUUAAGCAACAAUGAAUCGAGUAAAAAACCUACGCAAUUGUCGAUUCGAUGCUGGCAAAGUAACCAGCUAGAUAUAAUUUUACGUGAAGGUGAACUUAUUUAAAACCAAUAUUUAUUUUACUUCUAUUUUUUUUUAAACAUAUAACGCGCGUUUGGAUUCGGUUACACACAAAUACAAACAUUUUUUUUUAGAAUGUAGACGAAAUUUUUUUUAAUAAUUGUUAUUUUGUGAUGUAUUUAACAGGACGUUUAUGUAAGAAGGGAAUUUAUUUAAGCUCGAAAUGUGUUUUUCUUUUUUUUUGUAAAUUUAUUUAAACGAUUAUAAAGAGACAUAUAUACACAUAUAUACAAGCUCAUAUACACAUAUAUUUUAAGUGCAAACUGCUAAUACACGGAAAUAAAAUAUAUAUGUAUGUCUAGUUAUAGGCAGACAAUUUGGAGUGAAUGGCAAUGUAAGCUAAACUUUAAGGAACAAUCAUGGCAGACUUACAAUGUAUAGAUAUUGUGUUUCUUUAGUAGUAGACUUACAGUAAAUAAAGCGUAUUGAAUAAUAAUUUAAAUUAUAAACGAGGUAGUUUAAGUGCGACAAACCGUUUAGCGCGUAUAUAUUCUUAUAGCUAUGCAAUUUUUAAUGUUUAAUGUUUCUCCAAAUAGUAGAUCUAGUUGUUCAAAAUCUUUGACUUGAGUGCGAUAUAAGAAAUUUCUAUAAUUUUCAAUCCUAAACUUGAAACGCGUCGUGAAUAAAUAAAAAAAAUCUCUUAAAAAUGCGUUUCAAUUACUACCGGUUGAAAUGUGUUCCCUUCGUAUAGUUCAACUUAUUUAAAUGCCUGAAUUUCGCACUAGUCCUAAAUGAAAGCCAUUUCGUGCUUGUUUUUGCAUUUAUCAGUAAACCUCAUUGGAUAUUACCCGUACUCCCUUUUAAUGUAGGCGGUAGUACAUAGUUCCUAGUUGUAAGCAAUGUAAGCAUCUAUAUCUAAUAAAUACUACUAUUAAGACUCUAGUGCGUUGUUCACCUUUUAGCAUUCUAUUCUAAGAGUUAAGCAUCGCUAAAGUUCCACAUUGAUAUGACAUGUUUGCUAAUUUACAAUGCAAUUUAAUAUAAACUGCACACACAUGCAAAUUCUCAAAAAUGCUUAAGCGAUUUCAUAUCAUUUAAACGAAGAAAAAUAGGUUAGUUAUUUUGCACCCUUCACUUUUCUUUGCCUUUGGUAGGAGUAUCUAUUUAUUUGCGCUAUUAUUACUUUUGCCCAACGUUAGUUUUGUAUGUGUUCUUUAUUCUUUAUUCUUUACUUUCGUUUUAACUUUAAUUUAGGAGAUUAUUUUGUUAAAGUUGCAAAAGCAAAAAUGUUGAAGAAACACAAUUCUUAUUUUAACAAGCUUUGCUUUAUGCUAAGAAAAUCAAUUUUAAAAUUUAGUUAGUUUAAUUUGUAUGCGAGAACUAGUUAUAUGUAUUAUUGUAUAACCAAUUAGUAUAUAAGGUUACUAUAAAAGAAGAUAAUGAAACAAAAGUUCGCUCUGUAUUAGUGUGUAGAGUUAAAAAUAUACAUAUAUACAAUUACAAACGCGAUACAAGAACAA